AUGUCGCUCCAAAGCCGUAAGUCUCAUUGCCAACUAUCAGAGCAUGUGUCAAUUGGGUGUUAAUAUACUUUUCAUUACAGUGUGACAUUCAAGGCAAGUUCGAUUCGGCUCCCAGCGGGAUACUAGAUAAGUACGUACCGCUGACGUAUAUACAGACUGUUUGGCCAAAAAUUCGUACGACGAAGCCAAAUGCAGGGCCCAGGUCGAUGAUUUGUACGCAUGCUGCAAUUCCUUCUAUCGGCAGAAUGGCGAUGAUGCUCAGUCGGUGUGCUGCCCUCAGGCGAGUCUUCUGAGGCUCAAGAUUAAGCAAAGGGCAGCAGAGUCCGCUAGAUGA